AUGGCCGAAUCAAAGAUAAUAUCCGACGACGAAUUACCGGAUUUACCGACGGAAUUGUGUAGGGAGAUCUUAUCCAGGCUGCCGGCAAAAACCCUAAUGAGAUUCAGGUGUGUUUGCAAAACCUGGUGUUCAUUAAUUGAUUCCUCUGAUUUCAUUCCUUUUCAUCUUCAAAUUUACAACAACAAUCGCAGUCAAACUUAUUUGUUAGCCGCAGAUUGGGGUAAGAGAUAUAGCAUUCAUAGCAGUGACACACUUGGGAAAAUUGACGUGCUUGUCAAAAUUCCUGACUAUUGCUUUGUCUUAGGUAGUUGUUAUGGGUUGAUUUUGAUCAGAUACUUUAGUGUUAAUAUUAUUGGUUUGUAUAAUCCCUUUAUUCGAAAGUUAUGGUUGAUUCCAUCUUGGCCUUUUAUUUCUAUAAAACAUAAUUUCUUACAUUAUUGGCUGGGUUUUGUUCCGUCUAUGAAUGAUUAUAAGCUGCUUGCUAUCGGGUUUAUUAAGUCUACCGAGUAUUCAAUUGCGGUUUAUUCUCUCAAUGACCACCUUUGGAGGAUUAAAGAUAGGUUGGAUGUCCACAUUCAAGGGAUUUUAAGUUUCUAUCUUGGGAAUGUUAUUCAUUUAAAAGGUUCUAUGUACUGUAUAGGAUUUGAUUGGUACAGCUCUGAUCCUGCUUCUGGCUUACAGACUCAUCUUGCAUCGUUUGAUUUUGAUUUGGAGGAAUUUGGCUUUGUAGAGUUGCCUGAUGCUGCGAAACAAAAUAAGGUUAAAUUUAAUUUUGUACUUGGUGAGUCAAUAGCAGUUUUCAGUAUGUCAUCUGAGCAUACCUGCAUAUGGGUUUUGAUAGAGGUUGGUGGACAGAAAUCAUGGCAGUUGUGGUAUAAUGGAGAUUCAAAUUUGACAGCUCUUCAGUUUUUUAAAAGUAGUACUUUUACAAAGAUUUUCCAUGUUGAGGAGAAUACAUUUUUCGUACAGAGAAGUCCUAACUUGUAUUCUUAUAAUUUUAGAAGUCAUCUUAUACAACAUUUGAAUAUUGAUGGGUGUAAAUCUCUUGAGACUUUUGUGGAGAGCUUAGUAUUGCACAAGGGAAACCAAGGGAAGAAUCUUUCCCAUGAAACUGAUUUUAUUCAAAUUAAUGGCGAAUAA